UGGUGAAUCAACCAUGCGGACGUUCAGUUUUGACGGAAUCCUUAUUUUCAUUAUCCUACAAAUAACAGCAUUGCCGCAAGGAAUAUCUGGACAAUAUGAACUGGCCUAUUUUGCUACAAAUGACGAUGACUAUGGAAGUCAAUUUUGGCUAUUUCAAGAAAGCGAUAAAUAUUUAAGCUUUACUUGGCUUCCAUUUAGUCCUUAUCCAGGCUUCGAAUUCGAGCUGGAAUUACAUCUCACGAUAUAUUCAAAUCCUUUCAUUAUCCUCAGUGUGAACACAACGUCUGCUACAUUUAAAGCCAUUGGAGACACAUGUCAGAAUUCGCGAUAUAGUAUCACAAGGAAAACAACCGAGUCGUGGCGACGUACAGCAGGAUCACACAUAAUUUAUUACAACAGAGUUCCGAGGAUCACAAAUGUCCAAAUGCAGUCUGGAGAGCUUCGAAAUAUGACAUGGGAACAAGAGUCCGCAUUCUGCAAUAGAAAUGAUGUUACAGUUAUCUUCAGUGGACAAGAUAAUCAACCACUUGAAAUGAUCAUCGUACAGGGUGAUGAGAAGAAGUUUACUCUGAGAAAUAAAGCAGAAAAUCAGUUGAUCUUUGCUAUCUCACAUGGAAACAGAUUCUCUCUACCGAAGUUAGAAGACACAACCACUGAAGCGGUCACAGAAGAGACUUCCAGUUCGACAGACGUUAUGACAACAGCAAACAGUAUGCAGACAUAUCCUAGCCUUCUAGAAUGGAUUACCUCCCAGGCAAGACCUUUACUUAUAAUAUGCACUGUCGGAGUGGUUCUGAUCAUCUCAAUCUCCCUGAUAAUUAUCAUCCUCUACAUUUUCAAAAAUAAGUAACCACAUGACGUAAUUACUCUGCUUUCAUUUGUGGACUUCUAUAACUCCAAAUAUAUAUAUUUUUCUUGGUUUCGCCAAUAAAAUUAUCAUUCUUAUCACUGA